GUGACGAGCAGUAAAACAAUGUCAAGCAGGUUAGCGCUUCAUUUCGGGUUUAGAAGAUUAAAGCCCCGGUAUGACUGGCCACGGCUACAGCAGAAGUCGAUGUGUGCUACUGAUGCACAGGGCGUCUACAUCCAGGGACAAAGCCCCGAACCUCGAGUACGAGAGUACUUCUACUACGUAGAUCACCAAGGCCAGCUCUUCCUGGAUGACACGAAGCUUAAGAACUUCGUCACCUGUUUCAAAGACCAGAAGUUCCUGGUGUUCUUCUUCAGCCGUCUGCGGUUGAACCGUCUGGGCCGCUACGACCAGCACUUCCCCUACGUGUCGCCCUGCGGCCGCGAACGCAACUUCCUGCGCUGUGACGACCAGCCCGUCGUCUUCACCCACCUGCUGCCGCCUCCGUCGCCGCCGGGGGAGACGCCCGUGCCCGCCCCCGUGCCCGCGCCUGUGCCCGCGCCCCUGCUGUCCUUCUGCGGCGGCGGGGACCAGCUGGCGGUGCGGUUCCGACCCGAGGCUCUCUACAUGCAGCCCGCCAGCGGACGCCUCUACCACCCGGCGCCGGAGAGGACGGGGGGGGUCGGGUUGGUCCGGUCCGCUCUGGCCUUCGAGCUCAGCGCCAACUUCAGUUACCACGGCGACACGCCCACAAGCUUCGUGUGGGAGGGGCACACGCACAUGCUGACCAAUGAGCUCGCAGGACACUUCCGCACAGACGAGGCCGCUGAAGGGGAAGAGACUGGGACAUGAACUGUGUGUGUGAGAGUGUGUGUG